AUGGUUUGUCCUGGAUGUAAUUAUUCUGAGUCUAGGAAAGGUAGAAUUUGGUUGGGGUGGAAGAAUGAUAGAGUGCAUGUUGAUGCUAUUACUGUUCAUGCUCAGUUCAUUCAUUGUAUUAUCAGUACUCUUGAUUAUAGUACUCAGAUCACUGUGUCUUUUUUUUAUGGUUUACAUAAUAUUCAUGAUCGGAAAGAUCUUUGGAGAGAUAGAGUUCAUGGAAAUGUAGUAACAGAUUAUGAAGUUCGAGAUUUCAAGGAUUUUAUUGAUCAAAUGAAUUUUUCUGAGAUCAAAAGCCCUAGAACUCAAACCAGAAUUGAUAGGGGUUUGGUUAAUAGUGAAUGGCUCUUUCAAUUUCCAAAUGUGGAAGCUGUUUAUCUUCCUCCCUCCCUUUCUGAUCAUGCUCCUCUAUUGUAUGAGUGGAUGAAAAUUUGGAGUGAAGGUUUUCAGGGUAAUGCUAUGAAUAGAAUUUGGAGAAAAUGCAAGAAUCUGAAGGUUAAGCUUAAAGAGCUUAAUACCAAAGCUUAUGGUAAUGUUGAAAUGAGAGUUGAUUUAGCUCAACAGGCUGUUUUGGAAGUCCAGAACCAAAUGGCUAAUGAUCCUCAUUCUGACUUGCUGGUUCAGGAGGCUACUGCUAUUCAACAACUCAAAUAUUGGAGAUUUGUUCAGGAGAGCAUUUAUAGACAGAAAGCUAGGGUGGAAUGGGUUAAACUUGAGAUUGUGUCUUUUUAUAAACUUCUCCUGGGUUCGAGCUCUUCUGUCCUUGAUGCUAUUGAUCUUAAUACCAUGAGAGCUGGGAAACAGCUUUCUGCAGAAGCUCAGAAUUUGCUUAUUAGUCCUGUGGUUAACUCUGAGAUUGACUGUGCAAUCAAAAGCAUCUCUGAUGAUAAAGCCCCUGGAACUUUGCAUCCUCAGUGGAAUUGUACAACUCUGACCUUGGUUCCUAAAAUCCAGAAUCCUUCUUUUAUUAUCUCCAAGAUCUUGACUGCCAGGCUUGCUCAAGUUGUUGGAGAUAUUGUUGAUGAAGCUCAAGCAGGUUUCAUUCCUGGUAAACAUAUUGGAGACAACAUCUUAUUAGCUACAGAGCUAAUCAAAG